AUUCUCCAUCAACAUUAAUAUGACAGAUUUUACAGACGACGCUUCGUCGUCCUCGUCUUCGAAUCGAGUUUCAGCUCAAGCCCACUUGCGGAGUGGAGAGUUUAAGAAGAGGAAGGCAGGGAGGAAGAAGUUCAAUGAGACAAGACACCCAAUUUACAAAGGCGUGAGGCAAAGGUGUGGAAAAUGGGUUUGUGAGCUGAGGCAGCCUGAUCAGAAGAAGUCGCGGAUAUGGCUGGGGACCUUCACCUGCCCUGACAUGGCGGCUAGGGCUUAUGAUGUAGCGGCUUUGGCCCUCAAGGGAGAGUCUGCUGCUUUGAACUUUCCUCAUGAGGCAAGUACCCUGCCACGCAUUGCGUCCACGUGUUCUGUUAAAGACCUACAGUCUGCUGCUGCGGAGGCUGCUGAGGGUUUUUUUGAGGUUGAAGUUAAAGCAUCGGGUUUGAAGGAGAAGGAAGAAGAGCCGAGAAGAGAAGUUGUGUAUUUGGAUGAGGAGGAGUUGUUUAACAUGCCGGGGUUGAUUGACAGCUUGGCUGAGGGUUUGAUUCUCACUCCACCAGCCAUGCAGAAAGGUUUUAAUUGGAAUGAUUUUGAUGAUGAUAUGGAGAAUGUUGUUGAUUUUUCCUUGUGGAAUGAUUGA